CUGUUGUUCACACUCGCACCAGAGCAGGAGCUCCAGUGACAGUGGAGUGCUUUGAUUCAUGCUGUUGUGGAGUCCCCUUUUUGGAUUCAAAGAACAAUUAAUGCGGCCAGAAAAGAGCGUAUGAAGGAGGAGAAGAUGAAUGUGGAGGCUCUAAGCAGAGCGGAGCUGCUGACUCUCCUCAGUAUCUUGGAGGGGGAGCUAGAGGCCCAGGAUGUAGUCAUACACACCCUCAGGGCUCAGCACAAAGAUGCUUUUGUCCAAGAGCGCUACGGACAGUAUGACCUCAGCGAUCCAUUCCUGGCCCUGCAGCGGGACAACGAAGCCAUGGAGUGCCAGAACACAGCCGCCGAACCUCACACGCAUCUGCAGGGAAGGGCAGUGGGGCCAAAUCCUCUGGCUGUGCUCAAACUGGUCAUGGCUCACUGCAAGAGGAUGCAGGAGAGGAUGAUGGGACAGUUAGCUGCUGCUGAAAACAGACACAGAAGGAUGAUAGCAGACUUGGAGGAGGAGAAACGACGACACGUCCAGGAGUCUGCACACCAUGCUGAUUUCACCUUCAUGCUGCAGACAGAAAGAGAUAAACUACUGCAACAGCUGGAAGUGGAGCGUACAACAGUGCAGAGACUAGAGAAGGACAAAGCCCAAGUAGUGAGCAAGGUGGAGGAGUCUCUGUCCCAGCAGCAGCAGCUCUCCUCAACUCUGACUCUGGAGCUCCAGAAAGCCAGCAGCCAGGCUCAGGAGGAAGCCCAGAAAGUCUCGCAACUUCAAGUGUUACUGCAAGAGGAGACCAGUGCCCUGGAGAAGCUCCGGGCUGUUCUUGAAAGUGAGAAGAGCAGGGCAGCCAAGCUUGAGGCCAAAUCUGAGAAACAGAUGGCUGAGUUUGACAGAGAACGUGAGCAAUUGAAAGUCAGACUGGGUAAAGAGGAGGAAAGGAGUAAGGAGCUUGAGAGGCAGGUGGAGGACCUGAAAAAGAGGUUGGCUGAACUUGAAGGAUCUAAAGAAGAGGCAAAGGCAGCUGUGGUGGAGGAGAAAGAGUCAAUACCCAAAAAGAUGGCAGUAUCCACCUCUGUUCAGACUGAGCUGGAUGGAAAGAUAACCGUCACACCUAAAUCCACCUCACUGUCAAAAGUCAACGGCCAUCAUGGUCAAAAAGAGACAGAAUUGACACAGGAAGGGAGAGGAGCAGAUAAUGGUGGGGUAGUAGAAAAUGGGGGAGGAUCACUUUUGCAUUCCCCUCACCCUCAUCCUGCCUCUCCCUCCAGCACAGCCUCCUCUUCCCUCUCCUCUUCCCCCAUUUCCUCUCCUGUUCUGGCAAAGCGUCUGGGCAGUCCUGGUUUCCAUCAGUCCUCCUACCAGGCUGGAGUCAAUCAGCGGUUCCAGGCUGCCAGGUACAAGUUCCAGAGUCAGGCGGAGCUGGAUCAGCAGCAGCAUGGCGGCCCACUUUCCCCGAGGGACCUCUCCCCCACCACCUCCUCCAUUCCUCCCCCACCAGAGCACAGCACAGUUAAGCAGCUGGCCCGCAACACUGUCACUCAGGUGCUGUCCCGCUUUACCAAUCAGCAGGCUGGAGUCAAGCUGGCUCCAAUCAGCAGCUCUCCAUUUGGUACAGACUACCGCAAUCUAGCAGCAUCUCCUCCGGGAGGAAGGUCGCCUUCAGGGCCUCUAUCUCCAGGCAUCCGCUCCCCCAUCAUUCCACGUUCAGAGAGGGCCUACCCUCCCCCAACUCCUCCCAAGAAGCCGGGCAUGAGUCCAACUCCAGGCUCUCCCAGUCACUCUGCUCGAACCAGCCUCUUUCCAGAGCUGACGGGGAACUGUGGGCACAGUAGUAGUGGCCAGGAGGGGGCCAAGGAGUCUGACCUGGUUUUGUCUUCAAGCAGUUAAUAGCAAGAUCACCCUAACCAAGAACUGCUAAACAAUUCAGGGUUAUGUCAGCAGUUUUGAAGUAUCCAUGUUAAGUAGCAAAACUACUUAAUAGCACUCCAAAUCAGAAGUCUAGACAAUUGAAGCUGUGCUGGUUCAGUCAGAUCCAGAUUUUGCUGCACCCCUACCUCCAUACAACAGUUGGAAAGUUGGAGUAGAACUAUUUGAAAUGAACUACAGUACAUGGAUUAUUUUAGUUGCAUUUCUGUUUUUUGUCACUUGGCUGUCUUUAUUUCUUUACGUAGAACUAUUGUGAGUUUGUGUUAAUUGAAAAUGUGCUAUUUUAGACACUAUAUUAAAAGUAUUCAAAAAUAAUUUACAAUAUAAAGAUCCAGGAAACCACCUGUUGAUUUUUUUAAAAAUCUUUUUUUAAAGAAAUUAUUAUAGUUUUUGUCAUUGUCUAACAAACCUUUUCUUUUAUCAUGAGCAGAAGCUGCUCAUUGUUUUACAAUCAAAAAACACCAGUCACACGAUGUUAAAAAAAUAAACUGUAUAGGGCUUAAAUGUGUAAAUGUAAACAAAUGUAGCUUUCACUGUUUUAGUUUUGAAAUGUUUUCCCAAUGACUUCUUAUGCAGUUUCUAGAGAUUCUCAGUUAAAAACUUUAUUAUACUGUAAAAGAAAAAGUUCUUUAUGAACGAACAUCAGCUGCAUGUACUGUUUUUAUGCUACACUUAACCAUGAAAACACUUGAGUAUUAUGAAGAGGGAGACUGCACUUUGCACUACAUUACUGUAUGUCUACGAUUUUUUUUUUUUCAGUGACAUCUGCUUCACAGCCCAGGGAGGACUAUGUGUCAUUAUUAUGUGAUAAACUAGUUAUACUGUCGAUAAGAGUGGACACUAAAGUUUCCAAUCAUGUCAUUGUAAUUUUUCUAUUGUAUUAUUUCCUGUGACUUACUGUAUGAUCCUUGGCUUUAAAACCAAUGAUUCCUUCCAAGCAAAUAUUUUAGCCAUUCUAUUUGAAUCUGUAAGGCAUACACUGCUGUCAGUGACCUUCACUUGUAUAAAGGAUGUCAUGAAACCCUGCAAAAUUGUGUGCUUUUCAAAUAAACUCUCCAUGUCUUUAAAGCCUAGUGUGUCUUUUAAAACAAUUUCAGUUGUUCAAGUCUUGAUUGGAGUGCUGUCUAAAGCUUUGUUUUAAAAGGCAGACAAGAAAAUAAAACUGUCACGUCUCUUUAUUUGAACAGAAUGGGGCAGUACAGUCUUGAAGUUCACUGAUCGGCACACAGUUCUGUAUUGUAAUGGUUAAACACAGCACAUAGUAUAGCUAACAAGUAACUGAUCCAGAGUCUGCCUACUCAGAAGUGAUGCAAAACUGUAUGAUGUGGCCUCACAGAAAUCAUUUACAGUAAGAUCUUGCCUCAUGUAGCAACUGCUCUCUGUCCACUUGGCGCCGACCAGUACACAAACAGUUUGUUGCAGUUAACAGAGCAAUUUUCUAAGACUCCCAACAAAACCUUGUGUAUUAAAAUAGAUAUUUGCAUACGUGGAUGGGAAGAUGGAGAUCUUUACCAUAGGAAAGAGAUUUUGGCAAAUAAAUCUUGGUUAAUGUGAGUAUAUAAGUUUUCCUCUAUACAAAGGAAAAGCUGUACAGCAAUGAGGGUGUUGCCAAAGUAAGAACAGAAUGUAUUGCAGAUGCAGCGUCAUAGAAGUUGCUUUAUCUUAUUUCAGUCUUCAUAGCUUGCAUGGGUGGAGAGACCAUACGUCAGUGGAUCACAACAGAAAACAACAUUCCCUUGGCUGUAACGCAUACUGACAACCACAUAGGUGCAGGAACAGAGCUAUGCUAAGGAUUGUGCCAUCUUAAAUGUUUGCAACAGGAAGAAAUACUUGUCAGUUUUGUUUGCAGUGUGUACCUAAGCCCCAUGUCCGUUCAAAAAGACUACCAGCUUGGUAUUGGAUAGUUAAACUGUCACGGCAGAUAACGACUACUCAAUUUUUUGUCAGUCUUUUGAUUUUACUCAUGUACUUGAGUUUUAAUUCAUCGGCAACCACAAUGACACAAAAUCUCUAACAAAAAAAUAAUAAUUUCUAACCCUGAUAAGUGAUGGUGUGCUUAAUUUCUCUCAUGAGCUGCUUUGUGCAUCCUG